AUGGCAUCAGUUGUGGACAACAGCCAGCGUGAGAUGGAGAUCAAAGCCUUCCACGAGAGCAAAGCCGGCGUCAAAGGCCUCGUCGACGCCGCUGUCACCAAGCUUCCCUCCAUGUUCAUACAUCCUCCAGAGGAUCUUCUCAGCUCUUCCCUCCCUGAGGAAGAAGACGACGAGCAUCUUCACAAGAUUCGCAGCCUUCAAUUCCCCGUGAUUGAUCUCACCGGGUUUGAUUCCCCGGAGUGCCGAAAGGGGGUCGUGGAGGAGAUAAGGAGCACGGCAGAGUCAUGGGGCUUCUUUCAGCUGGUGAAUCAUGGGAUUCCUCUCGAUGUCAUGGAGGGAAUCUAG